AUGGUAGGCUUGAUCAAAUCUUAAUUCAAGAAGUUCAAUGCAUUAAGGCAGCAAUAGAUAAAUAUCCUAAAAUCUUAGCAUGAUCCUAUAUUUCAUUAGAAGAAACUAAAAAUAAUCCAUUAAUCACUGAGUGUAUAUUACAAUAAACUCUAUAAAUCAAACUAACCAAACUAACCCUAUUUUCUCAAGAGUUCUCAUUACAUUGAUUCUCGUGAGAGAUUCAAUGUGCUAUUUGAUCAUAGCUAUAAAAUAAAGAGACUAUACUUUGAAAAAUUGAGAAAGUUUUAAAUUACUAAUAGGAAGAGAAGCUAUAUCAACUUCCUUGCGAUGUAAAAAUAACUCCGCAAGUAUAUGAGGAUAAGCAUCUUGCAUUGGGUAAACAUUUUGAAGUUUAGGCAAAACAGAGUUAAGAAAUUAGUAAAUCUCUUAAAAGCGGUGCUUUUAAAAGCAAAUGAGGAGCCUUUUUCGAGAUUUAAGUACCUUAGGGAAAACAAUAAGUUUUACUCUAACUUUGUGAUUGAAAGAGAGACUUUUUACUAUAACUUGCAGGAUCAUGAUUUUCAUAUUUAAAACAGGAAUAUAGAAAAAGCCAUGGAGCAUUAAAACAAAGAGGAGCCAAAUAAGAUUUAGUUUCUAAACUUACCCAGUCAAAUAUACCAUUAACCUCUAUUAUUGACAGAACCAAGUUAGCAAACAUAACUAUAGACUAGUGUCAACUUCACAUUAAGCUCAGUAGACAAUUUCCAAAAUACUCAGUAUUCAUUAUCAACUUCAAAAAAAUGUUUCAGAUACAGAGGAUAACUAGAUCUCAAGGUUUAACGCAAAAAUUACAUCAAGUAAGGUAUCACAUAAGAUUUAAACAUUUCUACUACCGUCUCCUAUCUCAGUGUCAAGAAAUAUGCUAAGCCCCAUUUCUCAUGCUAAUUCAACUAUUCUGUCUAACCAAAAAGUUAAAAAUUUGAUAUCACCUCAAAAUAAGAGCCCCAUAUCAUUAGCAACCUCCAGAAUAAUUAACUCCACCAAGAAAGUAAGCACUCCUUUAUCAGCAAAAUCAGUGACGAAUUCGCUGAAUAGCAAGACCCCAAAGAUAAACAACCUUAAGAAUAAAGUCUUAAUGCAACUAAUUCUCAGCAAAAGACGAGUCCUGAGCAAUAAAAAAGACAGAGUAUUGGUGGUUCAGAUUCCGCAGAUGAGAAAUUUAAAUUUGCUUUGUUUAAAGCCCUCCGUCAACAGAGUUCCUCUAUCCAUACUACAAUCGAUUCUAUCAAUCUUAAGUAUUAUCUCAAGUUUAUUAUUUAAAAGCAGACACAUCCCCUACUAGCAGCUUAAACACUCCAAAUCAUGACUUUAAAUUUUUAUAUUUUGACUAUAUAGAUCAGAUAUCAUCCUUAUUUAAUCAUUUGUAUGCUUAAUGAAAGUAAAGUUAGGGGGCAGCUAAACAUUGAGGAAUAUUUCAUUAAACUAAUCCUAUACACCAAUGAUUUCUAUUAUUUUAUUGAUCCCUUCUUUACUAAUCUUUCCAUAUUGAUAUUAACUAGUAAACAAUAUAUCAAGUUAGUUUUAAUCCUUAUCAGAUUUCCUGAUUCUCUUAAUGUGGGUCAAGUCUAGCACUAUACUUUCUUGUUGACUUUGAAGUAUACACAAUUCACAAGUUGUAUGGCUGAAUCUUUGAGGUUAUCUGCUUUGAUAUUUCAGGGCCAGAGUUACCAUCACAAGACAUCAAAUCUAUUUGAAGAAAAAAGUGGCUAAACAGUGGAUGAAAUUGAGCAAGAAAUUCAAAAGUUGGAGCAACGAAAGUUGAAAUUUGAGGGAAAGUUGACUGAAGAGGCUGAAAAAAGGCUUGAAAAACUGCAAAGAAAGCUCGACUUCGCUAGACAUAAGGACGCUCCUAAGCCAAUUGAGUAAGAGGCAGUAAUAAGUGAAGAUGCUAUAUAUUUAUAUGGAGUAGACUACAUGAGCACUGAUGAUAUCAAGAAGUACUUCUCAAAGUUCGGUGAAAGUUAGGAUGUCAUCUGGAUCAAUGAUUCUUCUUGCAGAGUUAAAUUUGAAUCAUCAGAUAUUGCUAGAAGGGCUUAUACCGCCAGUUAGUUGUCCUCAAACAGUGAGCAGCAUUCAAAACUCAACAUCGGAGAAGCUAUGGUUGAGUAGGUUGAAGGAGUUGAUCCCAGAAACUUUGAUAGAGAGAUUGGGUGGAAAGAGGCAUUUGGCUUCACUUUGAGGAAUAAUGGGAGAUUGCAAAGAUUGUGGAUAAGAUAUGCAACUGACAAAGACUUUAAAAGUGAGUAAACCAAGGGAGAGAAUAGCAGGUACUAUAACAUUUAAAAGAAAAGAAGAGAUCAAAAGAUGAGAUCGAAUGGGUAUCAUUAAGGAACAGAUUAAGGAAGGAACCACAGAUCUGAUAAUAGUAGUUUCAUUAAGAAAGCUAUAGGGAAAUAGGAGAAAUUCCAGGGCAAUCUGAGAGAUAGGUUAAGAGGAGAUAAAGAUAAGGGAGAUGAUGAUGAUUGGAUCGGAGGUCCCCUUGUAUUAAAUAAUUAGGAAGUAAAUUAGAUUCAAACACAAAAUAAAUAAGAUAUACUUAACCCAGAGCCAGAAGGAUUCUGA